GCUGAGUUGCAGAGAAGUCUGCUGGUGAGAGAGCCCAAGAGACAUCAGGCCUUCCCGCCAGGCCCUACCCUACGUGGGCCUCAGCGCUGUCGCUGAGGCAUUCAGUUACAGGGAAACCCAAGUUCACUUCUUGGACAUCAAAUAUUCAUCUAGAGCCAGCUCUGUCUUGGUGUUGGGGCCAAAGAUUCCACAGGUGGCCUGCUUGCCUGGACAUCCACUUGCACAUCCCCAGGAUCUGGCGAAGCGCAGAGGCGCGCAUCCUGCGCGGGACACGGAGGCCAUGCCGGACCCCGCGGCGCACCUGCCCUUCUUCUAUGGCAGCAUCUCGCGAGCUGAGGCCGAGGAGCACCUGAAGCUGGCGGGCAUGGCCGACGGGCUGUUCCUGCUGCGCCAGUGCCUGCGCUCGCUGGGCGGCUACGUGCUGUCGCUGGUGUACAACGUGCGCUUCCACCACUUCUCCAUCGAGCGCCAGCUCAAUGGCACCUACGCCAUCGCAGGCGGGAAGGCGCACUGUGGUCCGGCCGAGCUCUGCGAGUUCUACUCGCUGGACCCUGACGGACUGCCCUGCAACCUGCGCAAGCCUUGCAACCGGCCAUCGGGCCUCGAGCCACAGCCCGGAGUCUUCGACAACCUGCGCGACGCAAUGGUGCGUGACUACGUGCGCCAGACGUGGAAGCUGGAGGGCGACGCCCUGGAGCAGGCAAUCAUCAGCCAGGCCCCGCAGGUGGAGAAACUCAUAGCUACCACAGCCCAUGAGAGGAUGCCCUGGUACCACAGCAGCCUGACACGCGAGGAGGCGGAGCGCAAACUCUACUCUGGAGCACAGACUGACGGCAAGUUCCUGCUGAGGCCCCGUAAGGAACAGGGCACAUACGCACUGUCCAUGAUCUAUGGGAAAACCGUGUACCACUACCUCAUCAGCCAGGACAAGGCCGGCAAGUACUGCAUUCCCGAGGGGACCAAGUUUGACACACUCUGGCAGCUGGUGGAGUACCUGAAGCUGAAGGCCGAUGGGCUCAUCUAUUGCCUGAAAGAGGUCUGCCCCAAUAGUGCGAGCACUGCAGGGGCUGCUGCUCCCACACUCCCAGCUCACCCAUCCACCUUCACCCAGCCUCAGAGACGGGUGGACACCCUCAACUCAGAUGGAUAUACCCCCGAGCCAGCACGUCUAGCAUCUCCAGACAAGCCACGGCCAAUGCCCAUGGAUACAAGUGUGUAUGAGAGUCCCUACAGUGACCCUGAGGAGCUCAAGGACAAGAAGCUCUUCCUGAAGCGUGAGAACCUCCUUGUGGCUGAUAUUGAACUCGGCUGUGGCAACUUUGGCUCAGUGCGCCAGGGUGUCUACCGCAUGCGCAAGAAGCAGAUUGACGUGGCCAUCAAAGUCCUGAAGCACAGCACAGAGAAGGCAGACAAGGAUGAGAUGAUGCGUGAGGCACAGAUCAUGCACCAGCUGGACAACCCCUACAUCGUACGGCUCAUCGGGGUGUGCAAGGCCGAGGCGCUCAUGCUCGUCAUGGAGAUGGCAGGUGGUGGGCCCCUGCACAAAUUCCUGCUUGGAAAGAAGGAGGAGGUCCCCGUGAGCAAUGUGGCAGAGCUGCUGCACCAAGUGUCCAUGGGGAUGAAGUACCUCGAGGAGAAGAACUUUGUGCACCGCGACCUGGCGGCCCGCAAUGUCCUGCUGGUCAACAGGCACUACGCCAAGAUCAGUGACUUUGGUCUUUCCAAGGCGCUAGGUGCUGAUGACAGCUACUACACGGCCCGCUCAGCAGGGAAGUGGCCUCUAAAGUGGUAUGCGCCUGAGUGCAUCAACUUCCGCAAGUUCUCCAGUCGCAGUGAUGUCUGGAGCUAUGGGGUGACCAUGUGGGAGGCUUUCUCCUAUGGUCAGAAGCCCUACAAGAAGAUGAAAGGCCCCGAGGUCUUGGACUUCAUCAAGCAGGGCAAGCGGAUGGAGUGCCCACCAGAGUGUCCACCUGAAAUGUACGCACUCAUGAGCGACUGCUGGAUCUACAAGUGGGAGGACCGUCCGGACUUCCUGACAGUGGAACAGCGCAUGCGGUCCUAUUACUACAGCCUGGCGAGCAAGGCAGAGGGCCCCUCACAAUGUGGACAGGGAGUGGAGGCUGCGAGUGUCUGAGGUCCAGCCUGUCCUGAGCCGGUGUACCCCCACUCAGCCUUUUCUUCUUUGUUCUCUGCCUAUCCUGGGACUGCAGCCUGGCUGAGACUGGCUGGUCUAUGGUAGGGGGCACUUGAGGCCUCAGGCCCACAGCCCCCUAGAAUCCACACCUGAUGCCCUGGACUUUGGGCUGGGGGAGGAGGGGACGAGGGGUGGUUUUGUGCAGACUGGUCCUGGGCUGAGGGGGCAUUGCUCACAAGGACCCUCCUUCUUCUGAGCUCUGGGGAAAGCCUAGGAGUCCUCCAGAGACCAACUUCAAUCGGUCCACUUCAAUAAACUCCACUUCUCCCUUCUUGAGCACCCUCAUCUUUUCUAGCAAGACCUGGAGUCUGGAGAAGGGAGUGGGGGCAGCAGGGGGGUCUUUGGAAGGCACUGGUGGGAAGGGCCUGAGUGGUUUUUUUGUGUGGCCCAAGCCUGGAUGUGACCCCUGGGGAGGCCAGACUGGUUUUCCCACUUAUCCACUUGCCCUAGAAAUGUCUUCCUUUGAGUGAGGUGCUGGUUCAGAGUGGGAAACAGGUCAUGAAGUUCUGGGGACCCAGGACUGUGCACACCGCCAGGCCUCUGCUUCCCUGUCUGCGCGGAUUGCAGCAGCGCGUGCUCAUGAUGGCUGCACAUGAGGACCACCUAGAGCGGUUUUAACACACUCAGGCUCUGCCCCAAC